AUGUCCGAUCAAGCUCUUCCUCACGGCUGGUAUACUCGCCUCUCGUACUACACUCGACCCAAGCCGGCAACUCCUCCAGACUUUGAGCAGCCAACCAUGACAAAAGACGCGUCGGGAAUCGCGAAAUUGCUCAAUACUUUGCAGAUCCCGGGCUAUCAGAACUACUCCGUGCUACCUGCAGGAUUGAAAUGGCGCUCGAACACGUUUUUUAUCAUCGCCACGGUGGCCAUUGGUCUCUUCACGGAUCUGUUUCUCUAUGGCUUGAUUGUGCCAGUCCUGCCGUUCAUGCUCGAGGAUCGAGUCGGCGUACCAGAAGAACAGAUUCAAAGCCUCACUUCUGGACUCCUGGCAGCUUAUGCAGCUGCUAGCGUAUGCUUCUCGCCUGUUGCUGGAAUCCUUGCAGACAAAGUGGCUACACGACAAGCUCCAUUCCUCUUCGGUCUGUUGUCACUUCUCGCGUCUACUGUACUGUUGUUCUUGGGCACUACAGUACCUGUUUUGGUGCUCGCCAGAAUUCUACAAGGCAUCAGUGCUGGGUUUGUCUGGACCAUUGGCCUGGCGUUGUGCUUAGAGACUGUUGGUCCAGAGAAUUUGGGCAAGACGAUUGGUUCGAUUUUCAGCUUCAUUGCAGUCGGAGCUCUUGCUGCCCCGAUCUUGGGUGGCGUGCUUUACGAGAAGACAGGUAUCAAGGGAGUCUUUGCCCUUGGUGCCUCCAUUCUCGCCGUGGACUUCAUCAUGCGACUCCUGGUGAUUGAGAAGAAGAUUGCGAACAAGUACUACGCGGAUGACCCAAGUACAGUCAGUGACUUAAACACCACUCGCGCAAAUGGUCAGAGGAACGAGCAGUCGCAAGAUACCGAAGCCCAACCCAAUGGCGAAACCAACGAUGAGGAGCAACCACUUCUUGGCGGCAAACAUCCAGACGAGACUUACUACAGACUAAAGCCUCGCGAGGAGUACCCAAAGCUUGUACAGUGGAUUCCAAUUCUGCCCUGCUUGUCCGAUCCGAUGCUCCUGACCGCGCUUCUGGUCGCUAUGAUCCAGGCUGUACUUCUUGGCUCUUUCGACAGCACGAUCCCUACUGUAGCGAAACAAUUGUUCGGCUUCACUUCACUACGCUCCGGCCUACUCUUCAUUCCAUUGGGCGUCUUUGACUUCCUUCUCGGGCCAGUCUUUGGGUGGUGCGUCGACCGGUUCGGUACCAAACCCGUCGCAGUGCUCAGCUAUGCCUUCCUUGUCCCAGUCUUGGUGUGUCUGCGCAUUCCUCAUGAGGGAGGAACAGAUCAGAUCAUCGUGUACGCUGUGCUUCUUGGACUUUGUGGCAUCGGUCUUGCUGGAAUUGGAGCGCCAAGUAUCGUUGAAGCUGGCGCGAUUGUACAGAAGUACUACGAGGUCAACCCGGAUUACUUUGGCGAGAAGGGACCUUAUGCUCAGCUCUAUGGCAUGAGCAAUAUGGUGUUCUCGUUUGGCUUGACUGUCGGACCUGAACUAGCUGGCGAGCUCAAACAGGCGAUUGGCUAUGGCAACAUGAACAUCGUCCUGGCCGCAGUAUGCUUGAUCACAAGUAUACUUUGUUAUAUCUUCAUUGGGGGUAAACCAAGAGUUUUGAGAAGAGAGAAGAGAAAUACGCAUCUAGCACGGAAGAGAGCAUGA